AAGAAAAAAAAAAAAAAAAAAACACCUCCCUCAGCAUCUGGAAAAUAAGAUCCCUCCAAACUACAGGGCAGGAGCCAGAAGAUGCCUGGGACCAUCCCCACCAGCUGCACCUCUCCAAGGCCCCUGCUGCAAGCCACAUUCCAGCUUGUGCUUCCUCCAGCCCGGCGUUAAGGUCAAGCAAACAUGAAAUCAAGAUCAGAUGACAAGCACGUGGCGGAGAUGCAGUGCGUGAGAGAACAGAGUAACGCACAUCGAAUCAAGGCCCCCCCCAGGACCGACCCCAAGACGCCUGACUCGUCAGGACAACAAAGUGGCCGGCUCCCAGGCCUGAGGGUCAAGUAUGUCUUCCUGGUGUGGCUGGGCGUCCUCGCAGGCAGCUGGCUGGCCUACGUGCACUACUCGUCCUACGCGGAGCUCUGCCGCGGCCAUGUCUGCAGAGUGGUCAUCAAAUGCUCGCUGGGGCCCUCCAGGAGUCAGACCUGAGGUGGGCGCCAGACACACGGCUCUGCCCCCAGCCUGGUGGGCUGGGGACGCGCAGGGGCAGCAGCGCCCCCAACAUGCAGAGGACUGAGGGGCCCGGGGGGAGCACACAAGGAACGUGCCCCCCCAACCAGAGGAUCUGCAGCUUCCGUCUUCCCAGAGUGCCCUGGCCUUCCCGCCAGCGCCAGAGUGGUCUCCCCGGCUGCUGGGCCGCGGGGAUACCCCCUCCUUUCCCAAGAAGACCUGGCCACCUCACGGGGGUAUCAGCCGUCUCCGAGAGAUUCCACAGCUUGUCCAAGUGUGACCAGUACCGCAAGGGCAUCAUCUCAGGCUCCAUCUGCCAGGACCUGUGCAACCUGCAGCAGGUGGAGUGGAGGACCUGCCUCUCCUCUGUGCCAGGCCAACAGGUGUACAGCGGGCUCUGGCAGGGCAAGGAGGUGACCAUCAAGUGUGGCCUGGAGGAGAGCCUGAGCUGGAAGGCCGGGGCCGAUGUGGCCCCCCGGCGGGAACUGGUGCUGUUUGACAAGCCCACUCGGGGCACCUCGAUUAAGGAGUUCCGGGAGAUGACCCUCAGCUUUCUCAAGGCUAAUCUGGGAGACCUUCCCUCGCUGCCCGCGCUGGUCGGCCAGGUCCUGCUCAUGGCCGACUUCAACAAGGACAGCAGGGUGUCACUGGCCGAGGCCAGGUCACUGUGGGCGCUGCUGCAACGCAACGAGUUCCUGCUGCUGCUGUCCCUGCAGGGGAGGGGGCACGCCGCGCCGCUGCUGGGCCACUGCGGGGACCUGUACGUCACGGAGGGCGUCCCGCGCGGCUCGGGGCCCGCGGCCGCCCUCCCGGCCCUGCUGCGGCCGCUGCUGCCGCCUGCCCUGCACGGGGCCCUGCAGCAGUGGCUGGGGCCCGCCUGGCCCUGGCGCGCCAAGAUCGCCAUCGGCCUGCUGGAGUUUGUGGAGGAGCUCUUCCACGGCGCCUACGGGACCUUCUACAUGUGCGAGACCACGCUGGCCAACGUGGGCUACACGGCCAAGUACGACUUCAGGAUGGCUGACCUGCAGCAGGUGGCGCCCGAGGCCGCGGUGCGCCGCUUCCUGCGGGGCCGCCACUGCGAGCACAGCGCGGACUGCACCUACGGGCGCGACUGCCGGGCGCCCUGCGACACGCUCCUGCGCCAGUGCAAGGGCGACCUGGUGCAGCCCAACCUGGCCAAGGUGUGCGAGCUGCUGCGGGACUACCUGCUGCCCGGCGCCCCCGCCGGCCUGCGCGCCGAGCUGGGCAGGCAGCUGCGCACCUGCACCACGCUGAGCGGGCUGGCCAGCCAGGUGGAGGCCCACCACUCGCUGGUGCUCAGCCACCUCAAGACCCUACUCUGGAAGGAGAUCUCCAACACCAAGUACACCUGAGGGCUUCGGGCCCCCGCCCCGUCCUGUACAGGCCGGCAGGCGGGCAGGGACGCCGGCUCAGGCCCACCAGCCACGCCUGCCCCCGGGCCUCUCCCCGCCUCCCACAGCACGAGGCUCUCUGCCACCAGAGCGUGGCGGCCACGCGGUUCCUGCCCCUGCACCACCACCACCUCCCCACCCCGCCCCGGGUUUUCUGGGCUCCCGACAGGACAGUGAAGCUGGCAGGAGAGAGGGAAAGACUCAGAGCCCAAGCACCAAGGGCUGGCCCUGGGACCUGCCCAGGCCGAGGUUUUGUUACUUUGGAGAACUAUGUGUAAAUAAAGCUUUUCUGUGAAUUAC